AUGGCGACAUCCCUCUGGGGAAAUGGCUGGACCAGAUUGCCAACUCAUGGUCCGUGGCACGAUUGGGACCACGCGAGGUCGUGGGCUUUGAAGCUGGAAUGGCAGAAAGAAGCCAAAUCCUGGACUGACUGCGACAUCACCGCAUCACCAGCCCAUGUCUUUGAAGCUCGCACGCCCGAGUUGCAACUGCCUGGAGCUUUCAACACAUAUGCACAUGGCGUUGCCAUGUUCCUGUUCCUACAGCAGAUCCAACUUGAACGUGUGGGGGCCCGAUUGGAUGUACGACUACACCGUCGCCACAUUGAAAAGGGGAAAAUGGAUCGGUUCAGACAGACCGUGGACAUUGUCAACGUCGUGCCACCAAAUCAAGUGAAGAGAGCGUCUCUUAUCAAGGACGAAGGGCAGCUACGACAGGACAUGCACUGUCUUGGCCUCAAUGUGUGGGGCCCAUUUGGCCAGCUCGACAGAGUGUAUCGAACUAAUAGAUGA